GCAACAAAGCCACCUCAAAUAAAGUGUUACCAUCUAGCUGAAAUAAAGAAAGCUUAUGAAUGAUUUUUUUUUACUUUAUUUGAAAUAGUUGAUUCAUUUGUUUCAGAUUAGUUUAAUUGUAGUUAACCCUCCUACACAAAUUUCCAGUACAGAUAUGAUCAUAAGGAGGUCAUAAAAAGCCCCCAAAAGCAGUUUCUCAUUGUCGGCAGCAUGUUUCCAUGGCAACACAUCCUGUGUCGUGAGGUAACGCGUGUCUGAGGGUGCAGCAGACCUCUGUCAGUCACGUUAACCCCUGGUUAAACACAACUAACUUACAGCAGAGCGGUGCGUGCAGCACCGAAGAACAAUGAAAGAGAGGACGGAGUAAAAUAAAAGGAGUUAAACCGAUUCAUCAUCCGUUGCUAACUUUAGGUGCACGAAGCCACGCCUCCAUCCACGACUGAUUGACAGCUGACAUUCACUCCGGAUAAAAGCUGUGCAAAUAAACGACCAGGCUUCAUUGACCACCAGCACCUCUCUAGAGACAGAUCUCCAGCCAGAGGAAUAUCCUGCGGUGUGUUUAAGCGCCUUUCUUUCUUCAGGAUGAGGCACGUUAGAUUAUAUUACACCGGCGCUGCUUUCUUCUUUCUGCUGUUCUCUGCAACAGGAGCCGAGCCCUACAGUCUGUUAAAGCUGGUGGAGGGCCUCCAGUCAGAGCCCCAGACGUACCCCUCUCCCCUGUACUCGUUCUCUCUCUGCAUGGAGAUCAAGAACCGCGUCUUCAGCGAGGCCCUGCUCAACUCGACCUCACGGCCGUACGGGCGCAUGCGCGCCGAGGUUGCUGGACUUCUGGACGCCGCCUUUAACUGCUCUGACUGUGACACAAGAGAAACCUACAGAGGAGUCACAGACAUACAGUUCAGUAACGGCUCCGUGAUCGCGAACUGUACCGUCCAGUUCCAGACCAUUUUUAUCAACCAUGUCGUGAUCAAGCAUUUGUUCCUGAGGGCCAUAGAUAAUAACCCUCUAGUGAACGGCCUGGCAGUGGACAGACGGUACACAGCCGAAACAGUCACCCCUUCCUGGCUUUUUCCGAAGUCGUCAACUCCGACGGUCACAGCGACGCCUUUUGCGGCGGCCGGUUUGGAGGGUCUUCCUGGUUGGGCCGUAGCGUUGCUGGUGCUAGCAUGCAUCAUCAUACUGCUUCUCUUCGUCCUCUUACUGCUGAUAUGCUGUUGGUGCUGCAGGAGAAAGGAAAAAAAGGAAGAAACGCAAGCCGUAGCUCCGUACGAGAGAACGUCUUUCAAAGAACAUCUUGCCAAUCCCACAUACAUGUCACACUCUCCAGAGAAGAGCCCUAACUACCGCAGCUUGGGAGAACCGGAGGCACAACAUGGCAACCUAUCCGGGAUGUACACGAUGAAUCCUCAGAGAUGAAGACCACCACCCUGCUAUAAGAGAGAGGCGCGGAGCAACCCGGCGCUACGAAGGGCAGGAUGGCCAAGCGGUUUCUCUCACAGAAGACGCUGGUUUCUUCAGCAAGUUGUAAAAAAUACGGACUUGUCAUCAUUACCAUGUGCAGUCUAAGUAUUAUACUCAACUGGGUUGACAAUUAUUUAUUCCUGUACUAUUUAUGAAGCACAGAUACGGGCUUUUGGGUUUGUUUUCUCUAUUUCAGUGUAACACAGACGAGACCGGGGCUAGUGCACCGUGAGACAAAAAAAAACUAACUUGAAAUAACUUGUCACCCCGCUGCCUACAUUUUUAGUUGAGUCAACUUAAAAGUUACUUAAUGUUAAUUUACGUGACAGCUAAUAUAUUUUAGUCAUUUUAGGCAACAGCGAGUCUUUUUUCACAGUGCUGUCACACUUAAUGCUCCACUAAAUAUUACGGUUAGGUUUAUUCUGAAGAAAGCCUUUGAAUAUUUGCAUUGUUUCGAAUUUAAAGUGUACUUUAUGAUAGUCAGCGGCGUGUCUGCGAAAUUUCAGACGGCAAAACAAUUGUGAAACGGCAACAAAGAUGUAACAGUCGAUGCACGUCAAAUAUCUAAACUAUGUUUUCCCGUGUGACAUCUUGCCCCGGGCUCUUCUGCAGUAUAUGUUAGGCUACAGUCUCUUAAAUUUGAAGAUGUUAUUUUUGAUACAGUAUGUGGGGGUUUGGGAUCUCCAGAUCACAAGUCUAUCAAGUCAUAGCUGUCUUUAAAUGAUUUGUAUGCUCAUUUACACUUAUUUACACACUUUCUGUGGGCAGAGCUGUUGUAUUCGACGCACGAUACUUCAGCCAAACAAUAUCUAACCAGGCACAUUAUAAAUAAACUGUAUGCAACGUUUAUUUGUACGUUUGUUUAUUUUUUCGAAAUUCUCAUGUUUGAUGAAUCUUCUUCUCAGUUUUGUCAUUUCACCCGAAUAUCGGCAUUUAUAGGAUUUAGUCAGAAAUUGAUCUAAUUUGACGUCUUGCGAUGUUGAAUGUCAAUCAUUUUUAAUAGCGGGAGAUUCAAAGGCACGUCGAUGAUUUGGA